UCAUUAUUGUGUGUUUGUUGUGUUUUGCUAUCUAUAGAAAUAAAAUAUAUGUAUAUAAUUGCAGCAUGCUCUCAUAUCACCGUAAAUUACGGAUAAUUCCUCUUUUUACGAAUUUCAUCAAAUCUUAACUUUAUAUUUUUGUUACUUGGUAACAUUAUAUCGAAUCGCUUACAAAAUGGCGGACCUUGCGAAAUUAUUCUUCGCUUUCGGUUAGCGUUAAUAAAAAAUAGGAUUUUCCUAUAAUUAUAUUGUGAUAAUUUCAGUUUUAUUGUUGUAGUAGUGUUAAGGACAAAAUGGAGACUUCAUUAAACAAUGGCAUGUGCCGGUGCUGUGCUUCAGAAGGGACAUUUAAAAACUUUUCCAACACCUAUCAUUGGAUGGGACAAGAGGAGGUCUAUGCCGACAUGUUGAAAGAAUGUUUCGAUAUUUCUUUAACCACAUCAGAACCGGGCGAAGAAGGUGGCAUAUGCGAGGUAUGCAUUACACAACUCCGCAAUGCUGCCAACUUCAAGAAGCAAGUUCAGCACACAGAGGAACAAUUUAAAAGACGAUUAGAAAAUAAACUUUUUAAAAGUGAUGUAGUAAAAAUAGAAGCGGCACCACUAGACGAAGUGAACAAUUCGGACAACGAUAACAACCUGUCAGAUAACUUCUCCGAACUUGAAUUCGAGUUGCCGAUCAAAAAAGAGACAGAAGAGCCAAAGCCCAAGAAGCGGGCGGCCAAACCGACCACGUCGCGGGCAAAAAAGCCCAAAUUGGACGACGGCGAGCCAUCCACCAAACGAACGGAUGGCGACGCGCCCAAGCGCAGAAAAAGAAAAAAGAAAGGCGACGAAAGUGCGACACCAGAGCGUGUAGAACACAGAGUCAACCUUACGGCAAUACUACAAUAUUCCAACGCUAGCCCAUUCAGAGAUAAGACGAUACGCGGUUUCUCCUGUCUCUACUGCGCCAAAUCCUUUCAAAACAUCGACGAUCUGAGAGCGCAUACAGCUCAGCAGUCGGAGAAAGAUAAAUUAAACACCAUGAUAGAUUACAAACUCAGUUAUAACCCCAUUAAAGUUGAUAUUACAAAUCUCCGGUGCACCGUUUGCGAUGUAGCAAUGAACGAUCUUGCCGAUUUAAAAGAACAUUUAAUCACAGUACACAAUAAAACAAUACACAAACAUAUAAAAGACAUAAUACUGCCGUUCCGUUUGGAGAACGGCCAAAACUUCACGUGUGUGAUCUGUUCUGUUGUUCAUAUAUCGUUUAAGAACUUAUAUCACCACAUGAGCAGUCACUAUAGGAACUAUUGUUGUAAGAAGUGCGGUGCCGGUUACAUAACUAUAGCGGCUCUCAGGAAGCACGGAAAGACGCACGCCCAAGGCAUCUUCCCUUGUGGCUACUGCGAUAAAUCGUACACGUCCCUAACCAAGAAACGUAACCACGAAAAGGGGGUGCACACCGGCGGCUGGCUCAGGAACAAAUGUCCGCAUUGUCCUGAAAUCUUUGUGAGUUACUACGACAGAAGUGAGCACUUGGUCAAAGUGCACAACGGGACCCCUGUCGUGUAUCCAUGUAAUGCCUGCAACAAGACUUAUAAGAAAAAGUUUGAGCUGAACAGGCAUAUCAAGCACCAUCAUCUGCAGCAGAGGAGUUAUUUAUGUGAUAAAUGUAACGCCAAGUUCUUCUCGAAGCGGGGCCUAGCUGACCAUUUGUCCAGGCAUUCGGGCGGGGAGGUGUUCCCGUGUGAUGUAUGCGGUAAGACCUUUUCGCGGUCGAGAACCUUGAAAGACCAUAUGCGCUUGCACGACGACGAGAAGAGAUACCAAUGCGAGGUUUGCAAAAAGACGUUCAUGCAGAAAUGUAGCCUCAAAAGCCACGUGCGCCUUCACCAGGACGACCUGGAUAUAUUCAAAGAGUUUGAUGACGUCAAGCAUUUAAUAGACAAUAGAGAGAUGACGUUGAAAGAGAUUGCCGCCGAAUCGAAGAAGAAAGAACGUGCGGAGAAGUUGAUGGACUUUGAAAUGAACUUUUCUAAAUUAGCUCAGGCCCACGAGAUAAGUGGUAAGACUGGAGGGAAAAGACGGAAAUGCACCAUAAAGGAGGAGGGUGAGAAAGUAGAUAAGCUAGUGUACCGAGAGAAACAUGUGCCAGAGAUGCAGAAACAGUGGCACAACCUGACAACACUACUCAAGUAUUCUAACGCGACGCCUUUCAAGGACAGGAAUGAUGCAGGAUAUAUCUGUGCCUAUUGUUUUCAAACGUUCCCUGACGCGAAUGUCCUGAGGAAUCACACGCAGAACGACCACGUUAGGGAAAAGCCGACGUACAAAGCCGGUUCUGGUAUGGCGAGCUUCGUCGCCUUCCUAGAUAUAGUAGAUUUAAAAUGCACAAUAUGCGACCAAAACAUGGACAGUCUGAAUUUUUUAACAGAGCAUCUAGUCAAGGAACACGACAAGAAGUACUACCUCGGCGUAACUGAUUACUUUCAACCGUUCAAGUUAACGAACGAGCAACAGAUCAACUGUUGCUUAUGCAACGAAGUAUUCCACAAUAUGAAACUCUUGAUGCAACAUAUGAAUAUACAUUACAGGAACUUUAUCUGCACGAUAUGCGGUGCGGGAUUCGUGAAUAGCUUUCGACUGAAUAGGCACGAAACGACACAUGGAAAGAAAAAAUCCAGUUUUCCGUGUAGGCACUGUGGACAGGUGUUCGCGGCGGAGUCUAAACGGAAGGCGCAUGUCAAUACUGUGCACAAAGGUAUAGCCGGUGACAGCGUCUGCCAGAUUUGCAAGGCUAGAUUCAAGAACUAUUAUCAGAAGACGAGGCAUAUGAUGCAGGUGCACAACGUCGAAGGAAUCAAAUGUGAUAUGUGCGAGAAAAAGUUUAAUUUGAAAUCGAAUUUAAUGCUGCACAUGCGUGGGGUUCAUUUGAAAGAGCGGCCAUACGAAUGCUCGGUUUGCAGCAUGGGGUUCUUUAUCAAACGGCAUAUGCUCGGCCAUUACAUGGCAACGCAUACUAACGAGAGGAAAUACAAGUGCGAUGUGUGCGGCAAGGCGUAUGCUACACAGAACAGUAAAGGCAAGCACAUGAAGAAGAAUCACGGGAUAUCUAAAAGUACACAGUUGGCACAGAAUAUACCGAAGUUGAUGGACGCGAUGUUGUUGUUACAUCAACCAUUAUGUUUCGUACAUAGCCUCUCCUAUAAGGGGAGUUUUGCCAAUAGUUGCCGCGUUUGGGAGGCGAUGAUUUUGCAAUUUCAGAGAUUUGUAUGCAAUCUUUUUUUUAUAGGUAACCAACGAGCUGCAGUUGAAACUGCAGCAAUCAAUACUAAAAUCGGAAGUAGGAUAGUUUUUAUAGAUAAAGAUCCUUAUAAACCAGAUGCAGAAGUUACAGAUUGCAAAGAGAUUAUUAAACAACGUUACAAUAUUAGAAAUUUAUUGAAAUAUUCAAACGCUACCCCUAUAAGACGGUGGGACGACGUUGGUUACUCGUGUUGUUUCUGUGAUCAACAAUACAAAGAUCCUGCUGAAUUAAAGAACCAUAAUAUACAGGAUCACGAUGACGCGACCAAAGAAUAGUUUAUAAAAGAAUUGUAUUCGUUUAUAGUGAAACUCGAUAUUACUUCGCUAAAAUGCGAAAUCUGUCAUGCGGAUUUUACUAAUCUAGAUUGUCUAAUCGACCAUCUACUUAGUCACGAUGUAAAAAUGUUCAAAGACAUCAAAAACUAUAUGUUACCCUUUAAAUUUGAUGACGUUAUCCUCAAAUGUGUUGUGUGCCGUAACGUGUACUCCAAAUUCAAGGUUUUGCAGGAGCAUAUGCAUAUGCAUUACGUGAAUUAUACUUGCGAUACAUGUGGUGCGGGGUUCAUUAAUCGAAGACGUCUGACUGGUCACAGCCGAAUACAUAAAACCGGAGUUUUCAGUUGUGGCUACUGUACGAAAGUGUGUGAUAUAGUUCGCAAGAAGCAGUCUUACGAACGAAACGUCCAUUUGGCUUUGCCGUAUAAAUGUGGGCAUUGUAAAGAGAAAUUUAAAGACUAUCAUAAAAAAAAUCUCCAUUUAAAGACGGUUCACAGUACUCCUCCAAUGGAAUGCCAAGCGUGCAGCAAAAUCUUCCCGUCAAUGCCUGUCUUGAACUCCCACAAAAGAAGGUACCAUUUAAUGGAAAGGCAGCACAAGUGUACGGGUUGUGACAUGGAAUUUUACACUGUGUCAGCCCUCAGAGAACAUAUAGUGAAACACACAGGUCUUAAAGAAUUUAAAUGCUAAGUGUGCUUCAAAAGUUUUGGGAGGAAACAACAUCUGAAGGAGCAUAUACGGAUACAUUUUGAGGACCGUAGAUUCAAGUGCGGCCAUUGUGACCUUUUUUUUUUUUUUUUCCGUGUGGAAAAUCUUCGGAAAGACCGUCCCAUCUGCCGAAGGGAGGGCAGCUGGGGUGUGUGGGAUUCGUACCCACUAAAAACCACACGACGUACCUCGAGGCGCUUAUGUUGGAUCCCGGGUUCCCGUUUGUACAACUACCGAGUAUCCAACGCGACGGCCCGCCCUGUAGGUUUUGUAGGGCAGGCCUCCUCUCUUAGCAACACCUCGACCCUAAUGGGGGGGAAGGAAGAGGCAGAGUUGGGCGCGCCCCUUCUCCUUCGUCUGGCUCGGCGGCGGCGCAUGACGGGAGCGGUGGGGGCACUCUCCCGCUCUCGCUCGGCCGCCUCCUUCUGCGACAUUACCGCUUCACAGAAGGCGGCGACAGCUAUCUCCUGGGCCCCCCAGAUUAGGCAGCAGCCAGCUGAGUGCACCAGCCGCCGCCAUAAGGCGGGGGGCCAGAUUUCUGAAAUGAGUUCGGAAGUUCCACCUGCUGUCGAGGUCAAGCCCCAGUGCCACGCUCGCUGUGGCACGACGGACAGCCUGCAUGAAGUCCCGUCCCCGGGCAGUAGCCAAUGUGUCGUCAGCAUAGCAGACGACACUUGUGCCCGCGAGGAGUGCGCCCCGCAGAAUCCAAUCAUAGCCGACGUUCCACAAGGCCGGUCCCAAGACCGCACCCUGCGGAACGCCGCGUUGUACGUCCCUCUGUACUAUCAUACCGUUUCGCCCGACACAGAAAAUUUCCCGGUCUUCGAGAUAGGCCCCGAUUAUAUCCCGAAGGUAGGGAGGCACUUUAUGAUAUUCGAGUGCCUCCUUGAUGACGGCAAAGGGCAGGGUGUUAAAGGCAUUCUUGAUGUCCAGAGAGACAGCCAACAACACCCCGCCCCGGGAAACCACCUCUUCCGAGAGGGUGCGAACACGCGCAAGCGCGUCUAUGGUCGAGCGACCCUUCCGGAAACCGUAUUGGUUUGGGGACAAAUCAGGGCCAUCCUGGGUCAAGUGUUGGACGAGUCGGCGUACUAUUACCCGCUCAAAGAGCUUACCGACCUCAUCCAGCAGCACGAUCGGGCGAAACAGCGAGGGCAGAGGGGUGUUCGCAGAGCGACCCUCCUUCGAGAGCAGGACAACCCUGCCCGUCUUCCACUUUCUGGGAAAUCGUCCCGACUCCAAGCAAGCGUCGAAAAGACGCCGGAGUCGGUCCCCAAGGACAUCCAGGGCCAAGACCAGGACCCGGCCAGGGACACCAUCUGGCCCGGGGGCGGUGACCGACGUAAUGUCGUUGGUAAGAGCAAAUCUCCAAACGAUAUUAAGAGUGGUACAAGGAAAACAAAAAAGCAUUGGGAGUUCGAACUGAAAAUGACCGAGUUGGACAAACAGCGUGCGAAUAUCAGAAUGAUCUUGCAAUAUUCCAAUGCGACACCGAUAAGGUGCCGCGGUGGUAUUGGGUACGCGUGUUGUUUCUGCGCUGAUCAAUACCCGAACCCUGCGGAUUUGAAAAACCACACAUUAGAGUCGCACGACGACAAAACAAAACUUAAGUUUAUGAGGGAGAAAAUGAUGUUCUCCUUUCUAGUCAAACUUGAUAUUACGCAGCUAAAAUGCAAGUUAUGCGAAACAAACAUAGAGUCAUUGGAGCAACUCACCGCCCAUCUAAUUAAUGUCCAUGAAAAGAAAAUAUACACAGAUAUAAGAAACCAUAUAAUGCCCUUCAAGUUUGACGACGAGUAUUUACGCUGCAUUAUCUGUAGAGGAAUGUUCAACAAAUUCAAAGCUCUUCAAGAACAUAUGAAUGUUCAUUACAGAAAUUUUGUUUGCGACGUUUGCGACGCUGGUUUUGUGAAUCGCCACAUACUGCUUAGUCACAAGGAGACCCAUAAACUCGGAACGUUCAAAUGCGAUUAUUGUCCGAAAAUAUUCGAUACCAGACGCAAGAAAAAGUCCCAUGAAAAGUCUGUUCACAUAACAUCGAAUAUGCUGAACAAAUGUGGAUACUGCAACGAAAAGUUUAAAGACUACAGGAAGAAAGACGACCAUAUAGCCAAAGUGCACGGUGUGCGUCUACUAGCUCUCAAAUGCCAAGCUUGUGAUAAAAGUUUUGUUAACAAAACCGCCUUCACGAUCCAUACAAAGAGAGAUCAUUUGAUGGAGAGACCUCAUAAGUGUUCACAGUGUGAAAUGACUUUUUUCUCGAGCAGCGAGUUACGUGAUCAUCUAGUGAAACAUACAGGGGAGAGGCGCUUCCAAUGUAAUGUGUGCCAUAAGUCAUAUGGUAGAAAGAAGACAUUGAACGAGCAUAUGCGUAUCCACAUAAACGACCGUAGAUUUAAAUGCGAACAUUGCGGCUUAACGUUUGUACAAAAGUGUAGUUGGAAGGGGCAUGUGCGUUCUAAACAUGGAGAUCUUGUGUAACAUAUUUUUCACUUAUUUCAAUUAUAUGAACUUUGCCAUCGGCGUAAUAUGUUUUUAUCCAUUUUAUCCAAGAUUUUGGCUUUUAAAAAAAAGUUUUGCCACCGGCCACUUGCCUAACGUCAGUUUUCUUUGGAUAUAGUGUAAUACGUAUAUAUUCGGCGAAUAAUCAACUAUUCAAAAAUACUUCUAAGUGUACUUGAAUAAAAAUAUUUCUCUUUCUUCUUUCUACAGUUUUUCACUUCUUCAAAAUCUGAUUAUACAAAAGUUUAAUUGGGAUGUACUGUGCAUACAAAUAUGAUAGUAAAACUCAUGUCUAAAUCCGUCAAGUGAUUUAUUAGGAUUUUGAUUUUGUUCCUUCUAACUCUUCUACUUCUAAAGUAAGCAGGGAAACUAUUUAGAGAUUAUAAAUAUAUUGUGAUAUAUUCUUCAUUAUUAAUUGUAUAUAUACUGUAAAUUUAUUAUAUCAUGUUAUUUUAAAAAUAAACUUUAAUCUUGUUCUUAUAUUCUGUUUUAAAAUGUAUAUAUAAAAUUUUAC